UGAAGCUUAAUUCAAACAUAUUAACUAUAUAUAUUUCACAAUAUAGACGCCAAUAAAGGUUAUUUAUGAUAAAACAUUAAAUUGCAUCAUUGCAAUUACGACAAAGAAAAAAUUAGGAGAACGUAAAAAUUAUGUACGCUUAAUAGAUCCUAUAAGUGGACAACCAUUAACAGAUAGUCAACUACUUUGGGAAGAUGCACACUCUAGUUAUAAUGCUGUAGUUCUUUCAGCUGCUGGUUGGUCGGUUAAAAAUGAAAAUAAAGUAUAUAAAUAUUUUUGCGUUGGAUUUAGCUAUUCAAAAGAUUCACUUCAGCAAUAUGGUAUUAAUAAGAAUGGAGCAAAUACCUAUACAAAAUCAAUAAUAGAUGAUGAAAUGGGCACAAUGAUUUUAUUUAGAUUAAAGGCAAAACCAAAGAACUCAACCUCAACAAAUACAUAUUCAAUAAAACGAGUUUGGAUACAUGUACAUUUACCAGGUGGUGUUUACGCUAUUUGUCCACAUCCAACUGGUAUCCUAUUUUCUGCAGGAAAAGAAUUUUAUUUAUAUAAUCUCAAUCCCAUUAAUGGAAAGCUUGUUAAUACCUCACAUAAGACGCUUGACUUCCCUAUUACAUCCUUGCAUUAUCGUGAAGACUGUAUAUGUGUUACUUCUCACAAAAGUUCUAUAUCUUUCUUUAAGUAUAACUCUGAAACAAGACUAAUUGAGUUUGUUAAAAGUGAUUUUAUUCCUCGUAAUAUACAUCAUUCUCUGCUACUUAAUAGGCACCUUGCGGUUGGUGUUAAUCAGUCAGGUGGAAUGGUAGCAUUAUAUGAUGAUCCUAAUGAUAUAAGGCAACGGCUUCAAUGUGUAUUUUCAUUUCAUUACUCGGAUAUUAUUGUCAGACCUAAAUUAGCAUUACUUAGAUCACAAACUGAUCUUCUUUAUGAUAGUACAAGUUCGAUCAUGCAACAUAUUUUACCGUGGUCAGUAGCAACAUCUAAUUCUACUACAAAGAAUACAGUAAAGCCUAUAGUAGGUUGCACUAUUUCAGGUGGAAUGAUUCAUGUGUAUCGUAUCAGUGAGAUGCUUUAUUCUGUCCUAAGUAUUCUUCAAGAUAUUUUGAUUAAUUAUGAGCCUGCAAUGCCUCUCCUGGGCUCCUUAAAAAAUUUUCAAUGGUAUCGCGCACUGGCAAAUGAAGGAGAAAAAUCAACAAUUCAUGGUGAUUUGUUAAUUGAAUAUUUCUGUAACCGUUUGUCAAUAUUAGAAAAAAUGGAGGUUGUUCAAGAUAAAACCAACAAAAAUGAUAUUAGCCCAAAGUUAAAGUCAGCAUUAAUUUCGCUUUUUUCUAAAAAUCAAGAAAUAAGACAUCACAGCAAUGUUGUUACUACAAAUUCUACAGAUAUAGAUUUUAGUCCUGGAAAUGUUGUUUACCUGCUUGAUAAUAUUUUAUUAGAAUUUGAAAAAUAUCGUUAACAGAGUUGAAAUAAUAAUAUUCUUUUUUUUAAAAAAAAAAUCAUAAUCUGUAUAAAUAUCUUUUAUAUUUUAAUAAUUUAUAGUGCCUAUUGUGUUAUUCUAAUUAUUAAUAUAUAUAAAAC